AUGCUUCGGCCAUGGCUCAGCAGCGGCGCGGUCCGCGCUCUCUCCAGGGCCCCUCGGUUAUCAUGGCCAUUGUUGAUUUCUCGCAAUAAUUUCUCCUCCGCUUCCAACCUCCAAAUAGACCGCGUUCCUCUCCGCAAACAACUCAAGCAGGAUGCCAAGAGCCUCAAGGCCCAGAAGAAGCAGCGCAAGGAGAACGAGGAGGCCUCAAGACAAGAAUGGGAGCUCACUGUUGGCGUGGAGAUCCACGCGCAAUUGGACACAGCUGCAAAGCUUUUCUCCAGAGCGGCCACAUCUACUAGCGCUACCCCGAACUCCAAUGUCGCUUUGUUCGACCUGGCAUUUCCAGGUAGCCAACCGAAAUUCCAAGCUGCCACUCUCCUUCCUGCCCUUCGCGCCGCAAUUGCCUUGAACUGCCAAAUUCAACCGGUCAGCCGGUUUGACCGGAAACAUUACUUCUACCAAGACCAGCCCUCCGGGUACCAGAUUACACAAUACUACGAGCCAUUCGCGCGCAAUGGUUAUAUCGAUCUAUUUGACUACGACGGGAUCGCACCGGAGGAUGGAGAGCGGGUUCGCAUAGAUAUCCAACAAGUCCAGUUAGAACAGGAUACCGCUAAAUCACAGGAAUAUCCCGGCCCAACUUCAACGCAACUCCUCGAUUUCAACCGUGUGUCGCAUCCCCUCAUUGAGAUUAUCACUUUACCCCAGAUCCAUUCUCCCGCCACAGCGGCGGCCUGCGUUCGAAAAUUACAGUCCAUUUUACAAGCAUGCGGAGCCGUGACGACCGGUAUGGAAUUGGGUGGCCUCCGUGCCGACAUCAAUGUCUCGAUCCGACGACGGAGCGAGGUACUCGGUGGCCUAGGCCAGCGGACUGAGAUCAAGAAUCUCAGCAGUUUCAAGGCAGUUGAGGAUGCUAUCAUUGCGGAGAAAAAUCGCCAAAUCGCGGUGCUGGAGAGUGGUGGCAAAGUCUUGGGUGAGACACGUGGAUGGACGAUUGGUAGCACCGAGACCCAUCUUCUUCGAGGCAAAGAGGGUGCUGUUGAUUAUCGCUACAUGCCAGAUCCGGAUAUUCCCCCGCUGGUUAUUGGCGAAGAUCUAAUCAAUCGCCUACAAGAAAGUCUUCCCAUGGCUCCCGAUACAUUACUUCUGCAGCUUAUCGGGCCGGAAUACGGUCUCCCGCUCGAAGACGCCAAACCGUUGAUCGAACUGGAUGGCGGCGCUCGUCUCGAGUACUAUCAAGAUGUGGUAGAUAUUCUCCACAAGAACGGUCUAGAUAAGCCCACAAAAGCGGUUCUCGCGCGAAUGGCGGGUAACUGGGUCCUCCACGAAUUGGGUGGUCUUUUAACCAAAGCAGACCAAACCUGGCACGCGGACAUUGUGCCGGCACAGUCGCUGGCGGACCUCAUCGACCAUCUUCAACGGGGCCUUGUCACUGGACCUACGGCUAAACAAGUCCUCGCCUCUAUUUUCGACGGAGAUCGUCGGCCAGUGCCACAGCUGCUAGAAGAAGACAACCUUCUACUCCGGCCUUUGUCGCGUGAGGAAUAUAUCUCACUAGCAGAAUCCGCAAUUGCUCUGAACCCGAAAAUGGUGGAGCAGAUCCGUGGUAAACAACUGGGGAAAUUAGGCUGGUUUGUAGGACAGAUGAUGCGAAUGGGCGAAAAAGGUCGUGUGGAAGCGCCCAAGGCUGAGAUGAUUCUCCGCGAGCUUAUCCUAGGAGAAAAGGCAUAG